CAAAAUGCAGAAGUAUAUAGUGCACUUUCCAGUGAAAAUAGAGCUCUAGCAAAAAGGCUGAAUCAUUAUUGUUCUCAGCAUAGAGGACGAAAACUUAGUCACGUGGGUGUCUUAGAGAGUGGAUCACCGCCCGGGGUCAAAGACUAA